GCCAUCUCCGGCCGAUGAUUGCCGAGCGCACAUUACUAUUUUCAGGCACACAAGGAACCUCUUGACGGAUUUUCAAUAAGUGAAGAGGGCGGCGGUGCGUGCGCGCGAUACACUCUCGUGGCUCUCUUUUUUUUGCUCGCUCCCUCGUCCGCGGGAUCGACGCGAUCGGUGGCAGCCUGGCGCGGUCGGUGUUGCCGCGGUGUGACGGACGGCGAAAUUCUCUCGCGGCAGAGCUGCGUGGCGCGGUACAGCAGCACCAGUACCAUCAGUACUGAUAGCAGCGGCAGCGGUCAGUCGGACGACGAACGGACGGGCAAAGAAUACGCAGCAGCAGCAGCAGCAGCGAGCAGCGAGCAGCGAGCGGCGCAGGGCGAUGUCGGGCCACGUCUCGGCGAUUCUCGGCGCCUGACGGUCGCUCGCGGUCGUUCCGCCAGAAAAUGAGAGAGGCCCCCACGUCGCGGCGAGCAGCAGCUGAUGGCGGCCGAGUGCUGCGCUACGACGAGGCAGCAAACGUACGUCUACCCUAACGUGGUCGUCGCGUCGGCGUCCGGAGGUGCGAACGUGACGAGGUGGAGUUCUUCGGCGGCCACCGCGUGAGAAAGAGAGGAGUUAACUCGCGCAGACAGGCGGAGGUAGACACCCGUGUUCUCUCUCGUGCCCUCCCGUUAACGCGCUCCGCUCCGUGUGGAUUAAGCAGCGGCGAUCGAGCAUCGUGCGUGCGUGCGUGCGUGCAUGCGUGCGUGCGUACGCGUGUAGUGUAGUAUAUACGUGCGCGGGUGUGCUUGUGCGUACGUGUGUGUGCGUGUGUGAGUGUGCGACGACGGCCACAUUACCCGCGGCCAUACUUACUACUAUACGACGGACGGACGUGCGCCCAGCUAUACGCGAGUCGUUCUAUUUCGUAACGGUGCUUCUCUCCGUCGCCGCUGCCGGCGCGGACGACUUCCUUCGGCGCGCGCGAGACUACGUACCGUGCGUGCCUGUGCUUACUCGCCUGCCUGUCUGCUUGCCUGCCUGUCUGCCUGCCUGCCUGCCUGCCUGCCUUCGUACGUGCGCGUUUGCUUGCGUGAGCGAGUGAACGUGUGUGUUACCGACACCGUGCUGCGUUUAGAGUGCGGGAGGACUUCGUCUUCAUCGAACGAGGAACGAUCAAGCGGUCAACGAAGCAACCAAGCAAGGAAAUAGCUAUCCAAGUAGCUAACGGCUACCCAUCACCGACCGGCGCCGCCGUCGUCGUCGAUCGAAUCCUCCACCCUCCACGUUUGUCGUGAGCGUGAGGGCACAGCCGGAAAAGACCGGCUCUUGUUGGGCAGGUAGCGCGUUUUACGGUUAAGCCGGGCUGUAGGAGCACGUACUACGAAGCCUACCGUGUAGGUGGGAGACAGCGCUCACGGAAGCAAGGAAGGAAGGAAGGAAGAAAGGACAGACAGACAGACAGGGCGUGCGUCCGCGUGUGACAACGCCUAGCGAGAGAUCAUCGCGCCCCUUCGUGCCGGAACCAGCAGCUGCGGCGGCGGCAGAGGCGGCGUCGGCAGCAGAGGCGGCAGAGGCGGUGGCGAGUGUGCCGGCGAGGCACUCCGCACGAGACCCGAACGUGCACUCGGGUCAAAUCGAAUUCCGCUCGGGCGAUCGUCGUCCCCGUUAACUCCGUUCAUGGGCAAGAACGCAGUGAUCGUCGUCAUCGUCGACGACGACUAAAGGGUCGUGUGCUAUGCUUCUCGGGUCUGUCGACGGAUUGCUCGUCCUCUUUCUAUUACUACUACUACUGCUACGGUUAUUGCUACUACUAUUACUACUACUGUUGCUACUAUUAAUAUUAUACUUGCUUCACCGCCGCCAUCAACCGCUACGACUUCUUCUUCCUGCGUGCUCGUCGGCUAUUUGGAAUCGCGUGAACAUGAUUUCGACGUCAUCGUUAGCGACGUUCUUGUUCCCGUUGUUGUCGUUGUCGCCCUCGCUGUCACGACGGAAUGCGGCCUCCUCGGGGUGAAAGCGAUCUUUUCUAGUCGUGAGACGCUCUGUGCUCCGGGGAUAGGACGACACACGGAUCGGGUGUGAGCGCCGGGGCAUCACAGACGCCGCACGUGCACCACCAAGCUCGUAGUAGCUUCACCGCCGAAGCGUCGCCGACUCCCCACAGUGCCUCCGUUUUAAUGCCAAAAUGUCGUCACUGCCCGGGAAUUUCGUGGACCGGAUAGACCCCUUCGCCAAACGAUCCCUCAAGAAGAAGUCCAAGAAGUCGCAGGGCUCCUCUCGUUAUCGCAACUCACAGGACGUCGAGCUUCAGCAGCUACCUCAGCUCAAAGAUGUUACACCUUCAGAGCAAGAGGAGCUGUUUAUCAAAAAGCUCCGGCAAUGCUGCGUGGCGUUCGAUUUCAUGGAUCCAAUGGCUGAUCUCAAAGGCAAGGAAAUUAAACGGAGUACGCUCAAUGAAUUGGUGGAAUACAUCACGGCGGGACGAGGUGUCCUCACCGAACCUGUUUAUCCGGAAACUAUUAAGAUGGUUUCUGCGAAUCUAUUCCGUACGUUGCCACCUAGUGAAAAUCCAGAUUUUGAUCCAGAAGAGGACGAUCCGACCCUGGAGGCGAGCUGGCCUCAUCUUCAGCUGGUCUACGAAGUCUUCCUCCGUUUUCUCGAAUCUUCAGAUUUCCAACCUGCUAUUGGCAAGAAAGUUAUCGACCAAAAAUUCGUGUUACAGUUAUUGGAUCUAUUUGACUCGGAAGACCCGAGGGAAAGAGAUUUCCUGAAAACGGUUUUGCAUCGUAUUUAUGGCAAGUUCCUGGGCCUUAGAGCCUUCAUUCGUAAACAAAUAAACAACAUCUUCCUGAGGUUUGUUUACGAAACGGAGCAUUUCAAUGGAGUUGGUGAACUCCUUGAAAUCUUGGGUAGCAUUAUUAAUGGAUUUGCUCUUCCUUUGAAAGUAGAGCAUAAGCAAUUUUUGGUUAAGGUGCUGUUACCACUGCAUAAAGUGAAAUGUUUAUCGAUAUAUCACGCGCAGUUAGCUUAUUGUGUGGUGCAAUUUUUGGAAAAAGAUGCAACUUUAACAGAACCAGUUGUACGAGGCCUCCUUAAAUUCUGGCCUAAAACGUGCAGCCAGAAGGAGGUGAUGUUCCUCGGUGAAAUCGAGGAGAUACUGGACGUUAUAGAACCUGUCCAAUUUGUUAAAAUACAGGAACCUUUAUUCAGGCAAAUUGCACGUUGCGUAUCUUCACCACACUUUCAGGUUGCGGAGAGAGCGUUGUACUUUUGGAAUAACGAGUAUAUAAUGUCUCUAAUUGAGGAGAACAAUCAUAUAAUAAUGGGGAUCAUGUUCCCAGCAUUGUACAGAAUUAGCAAGGAGCACUGGAAUCAGACGAUUAUAGCUCUUGUUUAUAACGUUUUAAAAACAUUUAUGGAGAUGAACAGCAAGCUCUUCGAUGAACUUACUGCCAGCUAUAAGUCUGAAAGGCAAAAAGAGAAGAAGAGAGAAAAGGAAAGAGAUGAAUUGUGGAAGAAACUGGGUGAAUUGGAGAUAGAACGACGUAAUGCUCUGACAGGUAGCUCCAAUAAUGCAGUUCCUGCCACUAAUACACCUACAACGCGUGCCCGCCCCUGAGCUGGUGGAAGUACAGUACCAUGCUACCCGAUUGUUAACCCUUAGUUUACGUCGAUUGUCCAUGUACUACAUGCAAAAAAUUAUUGUUGUUAGCGAAACAAAGUGUCUCACGAUGGCAUUCUUGACGUUAUUGUAACUCAUUUUAUUAGUUGUGACUGGAAUGGCAGAAUUAUUGCAAGAAGGAGUGUGGAAAAAGAAAAGACGAUGCAGAUAAUCGCGGAAUUUUAUUCUUUGACAACAAUAACGACAACGCGACGACGAUAACAACAGCAAGAAUAACAGCGAUUACAACUACAUGGCGAUCAGUGAAUUCCAAAUGAUUUUACGUGUCGUAAUAUCGGGUAUUUCAUACUUUCGUUUCUCUUCCGUUUUAUUAUUCUUUCUCGGAACGGCGACGAUCGACUGUUUACAUGAUGUACUCAGUGUCAGCACAUAAUGACGACAAAUGUUUAAAGUCCCUUCUUGA